AUACAGAGCAGGUCCUGGUGGGGCAGUCACUGCUGUUGUGUUGUGUGUGGAGAUCUCUCAGAGCAGCAGCCCCUGAUCAUGUGACUCCUCCUCCUCCAUGUGACUGAUCACAUGAAGGUGACAUCAUCGCAGGUCCUGUAAGCACACGGCUCCUCUAUAGAUACAGGUUUCUCCAAUCCAGGAUCCUCUGCUGAUAUCUUCUAUAUAAGAGAAUUCUCCUGGAUGACCCAUCAACCAUGGAGAGAGACAGGAACAAGAUGGCCGACAGGAUCAUAAACCUCACCCUACAGAUACUCUUCCGGCUUACUGGAGAGGAUUACACAGUAGUGAAGAAGUCCUCUAGUGGGCGCUGUCGGGCCCCUGGGUGUGAAGGAUGGGCAAGAAACCUGAGCCCAAUCCCAGGACCCCCACCUCACUCCCUGAUACAUGAGGAAAUGGAUGAACAGAAGAUCCUAGAACUCAUCAAUAAGAUGAUGGAGCUGCUGACUGGAGAGGUUCCUAUAAGGUGUCAGGAGGGGGCGGUCUAUUUCUCCAUGGAGAAGUGGGAGUAUGUAGAAGGACACAAGGAUCAGUACAAGGAUCAGGUCAUGAUGGAGGAUCAGCAGCCCCUCACAUCACCAGUCAGAUCCAGUAAGAGAACAGCACCAGAGAGGUGUCCCCGUCCUCUUCUUCCACAGGAUGAUCAGGGUGAAGAUCCAAACAAUAUUAAUGCUCCAGAGACAUAUGUGAGCAGUGAUGAGCAGUAUAAGGAGGACAUUCCUACAGGGAGAGAUCUGAUCUAUAUUAAUGCUACAGACAUAAAGGAAGAAGAAGAGACAGAUGUGUGCUGUGAUGAGCAGUAUAAGGAGGACAUUCCGACAGGAAAAGAUCUGAACAAUAUUAAUGCUACAGAUAGGGAGGAAGAAGAAGAGACAGAUGUGAGUGGUGAUGAGCAGUAUAAGGAGGACAUUCCGACAGUAAAAGAUUUGAACAAUAUUAAUGCUACAGAUAGGGAGGAAGAAGAAGAGACAGAUGUGAUUGGUGAUGAGCAGUAUAAGGAGGACAUUCCUACAGAGAGAGAACUGAUCUAUAUUAAUGCUAAAGACAUAAAGGAAGAAGAGACGGAUGUGAGUGGUGAUGAACAGUAUAAGGAGGACAUUCCGACAGGAAAAGAUCUGCACAAUAUUAAUGCUACAGAUAGGGAGGAAGAAGAAGAGACAGAUGUGAGCUGUGAUGAACAGUAUAAGGAGGACAUUCCUACAGGUAACCACCCAGAUUCUUGUACCAGGAGAUCAGAGGAGAAUCUUAUAUCUUCAGAUUAUAAAGCAGAUGAUGAUAUCACACAAGAUACAUAUGAAGAACAUUCCAUUAUCCCAGAUACACCCUCAGCCCUUCACAGCCAACAUCUGUCAUCUCAUCCUUAUAUACAGGUCCUGUCUUCUCAUUCAUCACAGAAAAGUCACAGAAGGAAUGUUGGACAUCAACAAGCUCACACAGGAAAGAAACACUAUUCAUGCUCAGAAUGUGGGAAAUGUUUUCCUUUUAAAUCAGGUCUUGUUAUACAUCAAAGAACUCACACAGGAGAGAAGCCAUUUCCAUGUUCAGAAUGUGGAAAAUGUUUUACUCAAAAAUCAUAUCUUGUUGAACAUCAGAGAACUCACACAGGAGAGAAGCCAUUUCCAUGUUCAGAAUGUGGAAAAUGUUAUACUCAAAAAUCAUAUCUUGUUGAACAUCAGAGAACUCACACAGGAGAGAAGCCAUUUCUAUGUUCAGAAUGUGGAAAAUGUUUUACUCAAAAAUCAUAUCUUGUUGAACAUCAGAGAACUCACACAGGAGAGAAGCCAUUUCCAUGUUCACAAUGUGGAAAAUGCUUUACUUGUAAAUCAAAACUUGUUAGACAUCAGAGAACUCACACUGGAGAGAAGCCAUUUCCAUGUUCAGAAUGUGGAAAAUGUUUUACUGCGAAAUCAAGUCUUGUUAAUCAUCAAAGAACUCACACAGGAGAGAAGCCAUUUUCAUGUUCAGAAUGUGGAAAGUGUUUUUCUAAGAGAUCAAGUCUUGUUUAUCAUCAAAAAACUCACACAGGGGAGAAGCCAUUUUUAUGUUCAGAAUGUGGAAAGUGUUUUAUUGAGAAAUCAAUUCUUGUUCAUCAUCAAAAAACUCACACAGGGGAGAAGCCAUUUCCAUGUUUAGAAUGUGGAAAAUGUUUUACUAUUAAAUCGAGUCUUGUUUAUCAUCAAAGAACUCACACAGGAGAGAAGCCAUUUUCAUGUUCAGAAUGUGGAAAAUGUUUUACUCAUAAAUCAGAUCUUGUUAAACAUGAAAGAACUCACACAGGACAGAAGCCAUUUUCAUGCUCAGAAUGUGGGAAAUGUUUUACUGAGAGAAAAACACUUAAAAGACAUCUAAGAAUUCACACAGGAGAGAAGCCAAUUCAGAGCAAUACAUGAUGCAGAUAUCACAUCUAUAUAUUAACCAUGUACAUAGGAUAUCUGACAUUUAUACAUAUAUCAUAUACUGCAGGGGUCUCAAACUGGCGGCCCUCCAGAUGUUGCAAAACUUCAACUCCCAGCAUGCCUGUGGGGGAAGUCAGCUUGUUAUAUGUUUUUAUAUAACCUUUUAUAAUAAUCCUUUAUAUGAUUAUACACCAUUUUGUAUAUCAUCAGCCAUGUUGUCUAUAGUCCACCAUCUUGUCUAUGUUCCUUCAUUAUGAACUGAGUGUGAACUUUACCAGAAUUAUAACCAGGAAACUUGUAAACAAGAACCACAACUGCUGAGCGUACAGAAAACUCCAAGGCUACUGAGUCUGAAGACGUUCACACUUCCCGUCCUUUCUCCUUACAGAUAAGACGCCUGUUUGUAACCAGGUAUCAUUGGGCAGUUUGCCGUCCUUUCAUCUUUGCCUAUAAGAAUUCUGCUGUAUGUAGUAAACGUCAGAAGACGCUGUAUACAGAUCCCAGUCUGUGUCAUUUCUUCCAAUCAGGCCUGAUUGAUAAAACAUUUCCAAUUUGGCCUCGAACAGCAAAUGUACCUGAAGGAAUUGGUUAAAUUCCUUAACAUGGCCGACAACGGUUAUCUGCAGCCAACGGCUGUCCGGGCAUGUCCUGGCAUGCUGGGAGUUAAAGUUAUACAACAUCUGGAGGGCCACCAGUUUCAGACCCCUGAUAUACUGCAUCUCCAAACUUGUUACCAAUUGUUAAUAAAAGUUUUCUUUCUUAUAUUAUUUAUUAUUCUUAU